AGCCCGCGAUGGAUCUGGUGAACGACAUGCUCAACUGGGUGGCGACGCCCACCAUGAUUGCCUCCCUCCUGCUCUUCUACCCGCCUUACUACCUCUUCAAGACCUGCUACUCCUUCCUUUCGUAUCUCUUCCCAGAGGAUCUCGCCGGUAAGGUCGUCCUCAUCACUGGUGCCUCCUCCGGCAUCGGCGAGAAUUUGUCCUACCAGUAUGCUACCAAGGGGGCAUCCCUGGUCCUGGUUGCAAGAAGGGAACUGAGCCUCCGACAGGUCGCGGAUCGAGCAUUAGAGAUUGGGGCACCAGAUGUGAUCAUUCUCUCGGGCGAUGUCGCAAACCCUGACGACUGCAACAGAUUUGUUCAGGCCACUGUUGAUCAUUACGGCCGAUUGGACCAUCUCGUAUGCAAUGCUGGCAUUGCGAGCGUGGGUGCCUUCCAGGAGAUUCCUGAUGUUACUAACUACAGCUCGCAGCUAGAUGUCAACUUCUGGGGUGCAGUCCAAUCGACUUCUGCUGCGCUCCCUCACCUGAAAAGGACCCGAGGAAGAAUCGUGGUCACUGCCUCGGCAACUGGAUGGAAUCCUGUUCCCCGAAUGAUCUUCUAUAAUGCUGCCAAUGCCGCACUGAUAAACUUCUUCGAGACUCUGCGGACGGAGCUUGGCAGUGAAGUUGGCAUUACAAUAGUGACGCCUGGGUGGAUCGAGUCAGAGAUGUCAAAAGGGAAAUUUCUAAAGGAGCAUGGCGGAGUGGAGGUUGAUCAAGAAUAUCGUGAUGCUCAAAUUGGUCUCUUCCCCGUGGAGUACGCGAAGAACUGCGCCAGGGCCAUGGUGCAAGCAGCUCGCCAAGGUGACCGGUAUCUAACUGUUCCAGCAUGGUUCAGUACAAUGUACCUGUGGCGGGUGUUUGCACCGGAGGUCGUUGAGUUCUGCUAUCGCCUCGUGUAUAUGCACAGUCAGGGCACCAACCAAACCGAUGUGCCGAGCAGGACGAUGGCUGAGGGUGGCGGGAAACAGCUUCUGUACCCCUCCUCGCUGCGCUCUUCAGACGUCAAAAAUGAAUAAAAAUAAAUAUCCUUAGUUCCUUCGAUGUGGAUGCUAGUGUGCGGCUAGCUGGCCUCUGUAAUCCCCGCCAAAAAUCAGCCUUAG